AUGUUUAAGAAAAGCUUCGACGGUGUAAAGCUUGCUACAUCUACGUCAUCGGCUAGCCAGGUACUCGCUGAAAGCUCUAAACAGUGCCUCACGAAGAUUGUGGUACCGAGAUAUAAGUGGGGUGAAACCUGGACAAUUGACAAUAGAAGGGCUGCUAUAGAAAUGCAGCAUGCCUUCUGGGUCACAAUUAAAUAA